CAAACAGGCGGAUAAACAGUCAGAAAACAGUCAGGAUAAAGAGUAUGAACAGAGCAUGGCAAAACAGUCUAAAGGAAUCAAGCAGUGUCUUGAGAGAUAUAUGAGUUAUAUGGCCAGCGUGCCUGUUAACAGCUUGGCUGGAGACUAUGAACAGAGUCUGGUGAUACCAGUUGGACAUUUGAAGAACCUGAACCGUGGUACAAGAGCAAAGGUAUGUGAACUGAGACGAAGAAGAAUUCACAAGCUGACCAGGAAGAGGGUGUGUAAUCAGCGAGCUAUGAAAUGGCUGAGUAGUUUGCUAAAGAAGAAGCCCUGUGCUAGAGGUAACACUGGAAAAGAUGUAUGUGAUGGGUCUGGCAAGGGAUCAAGAAAGAAGCAGAUGACAAUAUGUUUGAUUUGACAGUUCAGGAGACAUGCACCAAUGAUGAUGUGGUCAA